CACAACAAGUGAAUAAAGUGCUGAAAGGAAACUACCCGAUACCACAAACACAUAAACAGAGUUACAUCCCAGCGUUAUCACCCUGAGGAAAAGGAAAACAAAAUGCCACGAAAAUCUGCAUCCAGCAUCCGGUCUGAUAGCAGCGAUAUGGACCUGGAAGGAAUAGCAGAGAGUGAGCUGGCCAAACUGCAACGGAAAUUUCGCCUGCAGGAGGGAGAUCGUAAGGCUUAUGGCAUUGAGUCCCAAGAAACUAUCAGGAGGCAGCUAGCAGAGAUACGCUCACUGGAAAAGGAACGUGAAGAACUGUUAAAGAACUUAGAAAUCACAGAGAGCAAGAGCAAUCAAGCUCGUGACCAGGGAAGCCGAGACAAACUCCAUUCUUUGUUGGAACAGCAGGAUGAGUUGGAUGAGCUAUUAGCAAGAGAAAAGGAAACUAUUGCUGAAAUUGAGCAAGAGAUCAAGUCCUGGGAGAGGAAAUUGUUAGACCAGAGAAAACAAAUGAAAUGCUCUACAGGACCUAUACAACAAAAUAUCCAUGUGCAGAAAAAUGUCAAGGUGUUAGAGAACAGAUUAGACAGGGCACUGACCAGAUUUAAUUCUCAGCUUGCAAAAAAUGCCAAAAUGCGAGAAGAAAUCGACAUUCUGAGAAUAGAGCGAUACCGAUUUGAGCAGCUCUAUAAAAAAUUAGAAAAGGAAUUGCUCCAGACUCGAAAGGAGAUUGGCUCUGUGAUUGAUGAGUCGUCUGCAGCAUAUGAUGCAAGGGAUGAGGCUCAGACAAAGAUGUUGCAGCUGCGGGAGAAAGCCGAGAAAGACCUAAAUCAACAUACAGCUGAGAUCAAGGAGUUACAGCGCAUUAUUGAUCAUGACCGCAGGCUGAAAGAAUUCAUGGGAAUUAAAACUCAAGAACGUUCUAUCAGUGAGGAAGUUCUUGAUGCAAGACGUAAACGAGAGAAGGAUGAAUUAGAAAAGAAGAAGAGAGAUCCAACAGAGGACACUAUAGAGACUUAUGAACAAGCUUUCCAGCAGAUCCGGGCAGUCACUGGAGAAGAUAACUUAGACAUCCUAGUGAACAGGUUCAUUGAAGUGGAGGAUCAAAACUUUGCAUUAUUCAAUUAUGUUAAUGAACAGAAUAAUGAAAUAGAACGUCUGAUGGAGCAGAUUACAGAGAUAAAAAAAGAGAUUGAAGAAUUCAAAGCCCAGGGAGUGCGACUUGAUCAAGAACAUCAGGCCAUCCUGAAGAACAUUGAAAGGAAGAGGGACAAUGCGGCAAAACUAGCAGAUGGUUACCAGGAGCAACUGAAAGGUGUCAUGAAAAUCAUAGACCAACUAAAGGAAGGGAUUGAUUCCUUGUUCAAGAAGAUAAAUUGCGACCGCUCUAUCCUGGAUGAAAUGUUGGGCUCUUCAUCAAGCAUCCGUGAAACAAACAUAAUGCAGUACCUCGGACUUAUUGAGCAAAAAACUAAUGAGAUCCUGGCCAUUCAAUCUUUCCUUGAUUCCAAGAACUAUGAUAAACCAUACGACCCACAGGAAACAGCGCGGGUUCUCCUUGGACAAUUGACAGAUAUGCAAGCCCCAGUGUUUCAAAUUCGCCCUCCUGCCACUGGAGAUGAUUAUGACAGUGAUGAAGAUUCCCUAGGAACAGAGGAAGAAGAGCGACCACUGACACAAGCAGAACUUCGGGAAAGAAUCAUGAGAGGGGUAGGUUACAUUAUACAUAUUUCAUGUGUUUGA